GACUACAGAGUGAAUAUCUUCCUGAGGCAGCAGUGGAACGACCCCAGGCUGGCCUAUAGCGAAUACCCCGACGACUCUCUCGACCUGGACCCAUCUAUGUUGGACUCUAUCUGGAAACCUGAUUUGUUCUUCGCCAACGAAAAAGGCGCCAAUUUCCAUGAGGUUACGACUGACAACAAACUACUAAGGAUUUCAAAAAAUGGGAACGUAUUGUAUAGUAUCCGGUAUGCUAUUCUUUUCUUGUUGUAUCUUCCUCUUUCCUUCUUAGUUUCUCAGAAUGUCUAUCUGGUGCUAGGUCUAUGGCUGACAGAUGAAUGUCUAUCUGGUUCUAGGUCUAUGGCUGACAGAUUAAUGUCUAUCUGGUGCUAGGCCUAUGGCUGACAGAUUAAUGUCUAUCUGGUUCUAGGUCUAUGGCUGACAGAUGAAUAUCUAUCUGGUUCUAGGUCUAUGGCUGACAGAUUAAUGUCUAUCUGGUGCUAGGCCUAUGGCUGACAGAUUAAUGUCUAUCUGGUUCUAGGUCUAUGGCUGACAGAUUAAUGUCUAUCUGGUGCUAAGCCUAUGGCUGACAGAUGAAUGUCUAUAUGGUGCUAGGUCUAUGGCUGACAGAUGAAUGUCUAUCUGGUGCUAGGCCUAUGGCUGACAGAUUAAUGUCUAUCUGGUGCUAGGUCUAUGGCUGACAGAUUAAUGUCUAUCUGGUGCUAGGCCUAUGGCUGACAGAUGAAUGUCUAUCUGGUGCUAGGUCUAUGGCUGACAGAUGAAUGUCUAUCUGGUGCUAGGCCUAUGGCUGACAGAUUAAUGUCUAUCUGGUGCUAGGUCUAUGGCUGACAGAUUAAUGUCUAUCUGGUGCUAGGCCUAUGGCUGACAGAUGAAUGUCUAUCCGGUGCUAGGCCUAUGGCUGACAGAUUAAUGUCUAUCUGGUGCUAGGUCUAUGGCUGACAGAUUAAUGUAUAUCUGGUGCUAAGCCUAUGGCUGACAGAUGAAUGUCUAUCCGGUGCUAGGCCUAUGGCUGACAGAUGAAUGUCUAUCUGGUGCUAGGUCUAUGGCUGACAGAUGAAUGUCUAUCUGGUGCUAGGCCUAUGGCUGACAGAUGAAUGUCUAUCUGGUGCUAGGUAUAUGGCUGACAGAUGAAUGUCUAUCUGGUUCUAGGUCUAUGGCUGACAGAUGAAUGUCUAUCUGGUGCUAGGCCUAUGGCUGACAGAUGAAUGUCUAUCUGGUGCUAGGCCUAUGGCUGACAGAUGAAUGUCUAUCUGGUGCUAGGUCUAUGGCUGACAGAUUAAUGUAUAUCUGGUGCUAAGCCUAUGGCUGACAGAUGAAUGUCUAUCUGGUGCUAGGCCUAUGGCUGACAGAUGAAUGUCUAUCUGGUGCUAGGCCUAUGGCUGACAGAUGAAUGUCUAUCUGGUGCUAGGUCUAUGGCUGACAGAUUAAUGUAUAUCUGGUGCUAGGCCUAUGGCUGACAGACGAAUGUCUAUCUGGUGCUAGGCCUAUGGCUGACAGAUUAAUGUCUAUCUGGUGCUAGGUCUAUGGCUGACAGAUUAAUGUCUAUCUGGUGCUAGGCCUAUGGCUGACAGAUGAAGUCUAUCUGGUGCUAGGUAUAUGGCUGACAGAUUAAUGUCUAUCUGGUGCUAAGCCUAUGGCUGACAGAUGAAUGUCUAUCUGGUGCUAGGCCUAUGGCUGACAGAUGAAUGUAUAUCUGGUGCUAGGCCUAUGGCUGACAGAUUAAUGUCUAUCCGGUGCUAGGCCUAUGGCUGACAGAUUAAUGUUAUCCGGUGCUAGGCCUAUGGCUGACAGAUGAAUGUCUAUCUGGUGCUAGGCCUAUGGCUGACAGAUUAAUGUCUAUCUGGUGCUAGGCCUAUGGCUGACAGAUUAAUGUGUAUCUGGUGCUAGGCCUAUGGCUGACAGAUGAAUGUUUAUCUGGUGCUAGGCCUAUGGCUGACAGAUGAUUUUCCUCCAAAUUGCUUAUGGUGGAAGCAAAGCAGAUAUUAACAUCCACAUAACAACAAAAGUUAAAUGCAAGCAUCUUUGCAGUGUAUUUGAUCUGUUAUCAAGCCUAGUAUUGAACCCUUGGACAGACGGAGGGGAAUUGGAUCCUUAUAAACAGCUAUGUGAAGGCAGUGAGAAGAGGCCUUCUCAUUUCUUACAUUGACACCAUCAAAUGAACCCUUUAGAUGGCUUUGAUCCCACCUGACCCCGCGCUAAAGAGAACCUGCUCAGUGUAUUUUCUGAUUGAAAAAAUAAACCUUAUAGAUAACAUUUGUCGUGCAACUGUGAUGCUAUCGCACUGCGGUAUAAGUAAACUACGAAUGCAAAGCAACCAAUAGACCUGCUCCUAUCUCAAGAUAAAAGUACGACGUUUGCAACGUCUAGUUUGAAGCAAGAUGUUUUUCUAUACUCACAUGGAGAUACAGCCAGUCUGUUUAGGGAUGAGGUUCACAUGCAUGGCUAGCAGGAAGGUGUUUGUCAUAAAGGGGAAUAAUGCCUGAGGUGUGUAACAUAACCUUUUAUAUUACAGGCCAUCAUGACAGGAAAUAUAGCAGCAGGUAUAACAAUAUGUUACACUGCUACUCCUCCUCCUCCAAUGCUGUGCUAGUGCUUUAGAGCAAUAACAUAAGUAUACAUAAUAUAAACCUUAUUAUAAGACAUUAUAAAGGCUUACACAUGCUUAUAACAUGUUUUAAAUCAUUGUAGCUGCAGGUAAAGUGUUACCAACAUUAUUACCUAGUUUAAUGACUGAUACUAUGUGACCAGAAUAACACUGAUCCUGGCCUGUCCCAUGGACCUCAUGUGUUCUAGAAAGUUCUAAGUUCCAUUCUAUUCUAUUUCAUUCCAUUCUAUUCCAUUCCCUUCUAUUCCAUUCUAUUCAAUUCCAUUAAAUUCCAUUCUAUCCUAUUCCAUUCCAUUCUAUUUUAUUCCAUUAAUUCCAUUCUAGUCCAUUCUAUUCUAUUCCAUUCCAUUCCAUUCUUCUAUUCAAUUAUAUUCUGUUAUAUUCUACUUCAUUCUAUUCCAUUCCAUUCUAUUCCAUUCCAUUCCAUUCUAUUCUAUUCUAUUCUAUUCUAUUCUAUUCCAUUCCGUUCCAUUCUAUUCUAUUCUAUUCCAUUCCAUUCCAUUCUAUUCAAUUCAAUUAUAUUCCAUUAUAUUCUAUUCUAUUCCGUUAUUUUCUAUUUCAUUGUAUUCUAUUCUAUUUUAUUAUAUUCCAUUCUAUUUAUUCCAUUCUAUUUUAUUAUAUUCUAUUAUACUCAAUUCUAUUCCAUUCUAUUAUAUUUCAUUAUAUUCUAUUCUAUUCCAUUCUAUUAUAUUUCAUUCUAUUCUAUUCCAUUCCAUUCUAUUCCAUUACUUUCUAUUCUAUUCUAUUCUAUUCUAUUCUAUUCUAUGUAAACUUGUUAACAAAAUAACGCUGAACCUGGCCUGUCUGUUCUGUUCUGCUCUUUCCUGUUUUUGCUGUUCUGUUCUGUUUUGUUCUGUUGUGUUCUAUUCUAUGUGACCAGAAUAACGCUGGUCCUGGCCUGUCCAAUGGACUUGAAGAACUUCCCUAUGGACGUACAGACCUGUAUCAUGCAGCUGGAGAGUUGUGAGUAUUCCAUUAGGAACACAGUUAUCACACACACACACACACACAGGUAGGGUAGGGGGGGAAGUAUUUAUUUUGUGUUGGUGAGAUGGAUGUGUCCCUGGUCUGGAGGACAGUAUGAUGAAAGGCCCAGUGAUUUACGCUGCCCCUCCAGCAGCAGAGAGCAGAUACAGGGAAGGGACAGGGAGGGAGUUAGGGGGGGGGGGACCAACCUGCUCCAACCUGCUCUAACCAGCCAUCACUGGCUUCUCCCUCCCUCCCCACCUCCUCUCUUUGGAAAUUAUGGAUUUGUAUUUUUUUCUUGACUCAUUGUUCUCAGGUGUGAAGAAUGGAAACAACAUGUAUUGCUUCCGUAUGAGCACUGUGGAGCUACGGUAGAGGUGGUUGAUCAAGGCAUUUAAACCUUCAUCAUACCACAUUGUCAAUAAUAUUUAUUAUCUCUUACAAACAGCUUGAAUGUACUGUGAUACUGUGGUAGUAAGACUGUAGUAAUACUGUGGUAAUAAUUAUCUUGUUUCAAACUGUUCCCAUCCAGUCGGCUAUACGAUGAACGAUCUCAUAUUUGAGUGGGACGAGAAGGGAGCCGUGCAGGUAGCAGAUGGGCUGACAUUACCUCAGUUUAUACUGAAAGAGGAAAAAGACCUGCGGUACUGCACCAAGCACUACAACACAGGUCGGUCUGUCUCCACCUCUCUGGCUACCUCUACCUUGUUAGCUCUUUUUUUAAGGGGGUUUGUACGUUGAGCUAAACUCUCUUUCUCUACUCUGGGCUUUAGUUGACAGUCUGAGAACAGCGUAACAACAGACAUUACAGGGUGCGUUGUUAGGACACAAAACGCUGGAACACUGAGAGAGAAGGGAGGAAGGACUGGAACCAACCAAAGUUUUGUCCCAAAUGGCACCCUAUUCACUGAGAACCAUCUGGCCACUCAACCUCACCAGUCUCACAUUGUUACACUCCAGAUACAACAGAAAGAAACAGACUGAAGGCCAGUCUAGAUGGACUCUAAACAGAGACUGAAGGCCAGUCUAGAUGGAAUCUAAACAGAGACUAAAGGCCAGUCUAGAAUAAUUUUAAAUAGAAUAGAGAGUGAGAGAAAAACAACAAAGGGUAAAAGAAAGAAAAAAUAGGUGUAUUGUUAUUUUCUACUAUGAUAUGAUAUGAUUUGAUUUAAUUUGAUAUGAAAUGAUUUGAUAGGAUUUGAUAGGAUAUGAUUUGAUAUGAGUGAUAUGAUAUGAUUUGAUAUGAUAUGAUAUGAUUUGAUAUGAUAUGAUAUGAUAUGAUUUGAUAUGAUUUCAUUUGAUAUUAUUUUUUUAAGUUUUCUGAGGAUUGUGUGUGUUGUGUUGUUGACAUUGAAUUAAAUUGAUAUGUGGUGCCAUAAAAAUCUUGAUUAUUUUAAAUAUCAUUCCAUCGCUCAGGAGAGGGUGACAUGUGGAAAUGACAGGCCGGAUGUUGUCUGUCUGCUAACUCUAGAAUCCUGCUCUCUCAGACAUCGACAGCCUUGACAUGGCUGAGUACAGAUGCUAGAUGGCAUGCCAAAUCCCCUCCUCCCACACACACAUGCACGGACACUCACAUGCGCACACACAAACACACACACACACACACACUGAACACACACACACACUGAACACACACACAAGCACUGAACACAGUUGGCAGGCAGGUUAAAACCAGAGCCACAUAAUGAGCAGAUUGGGACAAACCUGGACCUCAUAUGUCCAGGGAGAGGCAAGCAGGGAGCACCACUGAGUAGCACUGCAGUAUGAUCAUUUCUUUAUGCCUCUCUCUAUCUCUACCCGUUAUCAUUUGUCUUAUUUUUGUUUGUGGUGGUAAACACCAGUGACAACCCCUCGGGUCUUCCCUCGGUCUCCGUCCCCUCUCCCCUCCUUGACCUCUUGGGGAUGGAUUCCCCUCUUGCUAUCAUGCUAUACCCUAUCUACUAAUUCUCUCUCGUGCUAUAUUGUGCUCCUCUAGGUCUAGUCAUUCUCUCUGAAUAUCAUAUAGUAUAUAUCUGCUCUCUCUCUCUAUAUCUUGAUAUAUAUCUAUCUAUCUCUCUCUCCUCUCUCUCUCGCUCUCUCUCGCUCUCUAUCUCUAUCUCUAGCUCUCUCUCUCUCCUUCUAUACUAUAUCUCUUGCUCACUCUCUAUAUCAAUCUCCUCUCCUCUAUCCCUCUCUCUCUACCCCCCCUCUCUCUCCUCUUUUUUUUUCUUUCUCCUUCCCUCUCUGGUUCCUCUCUCUCUUUCUCAUCCUCACUCUCUUGCCUCUCUACACCUCUGACCGCCUCCUAUCCAUAUUCGUUCUUGUUCUCUUCGACAUUCACCCAGUCAACCACUCCCCCCCCUAACCCAUAACCCCUUCCCGUCCCUCCCGAUUUACUUCUCCCACUCACCCCUCUCUAUCCUGACUGUGCGCUAUUAGCCUCUACCAGUCACAUUGCUCACACGCCCUGGGACGCGCUCACUGCUCCUCACCACAACUGCGUAUUUGGGUCAUUUCUUCUACAAUGGUGUUUAGGAUGUCGUCGCCAGCUAAUCUAUUGGGCGUAUACGCGGCGGAGCAUUUUCCUCGGCCCUACAUUGCGUUUCCAUUUUUCUAUUGUGAUUAUAAGGGGAGGUAUAUAUUUUUCCCUUUUUUCCAUUCUGGUCUUCAUGAUCAUUCCGUGUACCUCUACUGUGAAUCUAAAGCGUGCGUAGCGACCCUCCCGCCAUCCGGCCACACAGUUCCUCUUUCUAUUUUUUUUUUUUUUAAUUGCCUCUCCUGUGUGCAAGGGGCACCGACACAUUCAGUCCUCGGCCCCACACUCCGCGUCCUUACUAUUGUCGAUUCAAAGUCGGCGAGGUUUACAUUCCUCGCCCAUUUCGAGACUUUCACUCUAUUAUACCACAUGUUGCACCUGUUAAAGGCUCCCCCUCGUUGCUAGUGUCCACCUCUGUUCACUCGGUUUACUAUUACCACUGCGCGUCCUUACUCUAUCCUUCGUAUUAACCAGAUCCCGUUGGACAUUCGCUCGUGCCCCACAGGCGUCUCCUUUCACUCUUGUGACCUUAAAGGCGAUGGAUAUUGUUCUCUCGUGCACCCAAUUGCCGCUGUCACCUUUCCCUAUUUUUUGACUUUACCAAGGAUUCCCCCCGAGGCCCCCAACAUUCUCUGGCCCCCCAUCCUUUCCUGCCGUCCAUCCCCUACCCUUUUACGCGGUGCUACUUACCUAUAUAGGAUGAGGACAGUCUCGGCCCCACUACGUCCUCCUUAUGGGGAGGAAUAGGGGAGUGGAACUAUGCUGCGGCAUUCCACACCGGGUGCGUCCGGCCGAGGCGCCCGAUUAAAGGGGAGGACAUUCUUCUCGGCCCACGAGCCUUUCCCCCCUCUUGAUUUUUUUUUUGCCGUGGCCUUCUUUCUCCUUCUUGCGUUACCCCCCCUCCCCUCCCCCCCUUUUCCCUUCUCUCUCUCCCUUUCUUAUUUUAUUUUCCCCUCCACGCUACUCUUCACUCUUGUCUGAUUAAAGGAGAGGACUUCUCAUUGUUCUCUGUUGCCCUCCCCACUUGUUAUUGUUCUCUCUUCUCUUCAGCCUCUGGCAUUUCCCCCCCUCACCCAACGUCUUCGGUGAGUCUGCAGUCGCAUUUUCACUUUCUAUAGGCCUCCAUCAAGUUUACAUAUUGUUCCUAUUGUGGUUAAAGGGGGCAGGACAAUUCAUCGGCCCAUCCAUACGUCCUCCUAUGUGCUUAACAGGGGAGGACGUUUGUAAAUUGAGAAUAUGUCUCUCAAUUUCUGCGUGGACCUGGUUAAAUCAAGGUGAAUAUAUAAAAUGAUAAAAAAGUAAAACAGUAUAAAGGGAGGAAGCAUUCCUCGCCCCACUACGGCCUGCCUUGCAUCUAGUGUUAAUUUAGUCUAGUCCUGUUUUAUCCCUUCGACCUUUUCCCUCACCGACGUCGAGACGACAGACCCGAUCCAUUGUAAGACUGGCCAGAGCACUAGCAUGCAAUGCCUAAUCAUGUCGCUGUGAUUGCAGAUUUCGCCUGCUACGCUAGCUAGAAUAGUGUAGUCAGACAGCAUUGUUGUUUCAAUCUGUAAAUAUAAUCGAUCUGUGAGCUGAGAAGGACAAGUCAUUCUCUAUCUUCUCUCUCUCUCUCUCUCUCUCUCUAUAGUCUCUCUCUUCUCUCUCUCUAUCUCUCUCUCUUCUCUCUCUCUCAUCUGACUCUCUAGUACUCUCUCUCCAUUCUCUCUCUCUCUCGCUUGUAUCCCUGUAGUGUCUCAUUCUCGUCACAGAAUACCCCCACUUAGAUCGCCGAACCAUGUAUAUCUUUAUAAGACUUAAGAUAUGGAGUGCACUUAAAAGCCCUGAAGUGUAUCACAGCUAUAAAUCAAUUUAAAUGGCGCUGUGGCCUCCCUCCAUGUCUCCCUCUGUCCACGUCCAAAACAAUACACUAGGGUUAAACUCUAAUUGAAUUGAAAGUCUUCAAGACAAAAGACAGCUGUCUUCAAUGGAUCUAAGCUGAUUAAAUGGCUUGUCAGCGAUCUGGAGCAUCUAGCCACUCUGACAGACAAGACACCCCUGGUGUUUACAUCACACAGACAGCAAAUAGAGAAAGAGGAUACUUAUCAUGAGUUUAUAAUGGCCUCUUUUAGCUUCCGUUCUGGGCUAUGUCUGAAAUGGGACCCUGCUUUCCUAUGAGCCCUAUACUAUUUACAUUGUAGUCAUUUAGCAGACGCUCUUAUCCAGAGCCACUUACAGUUAGUGAUUGCAUACAUUUUCAUACGCCCCCCCCCCCCCCCCGUGGGAAACCAACCCACAACCAGGGCGCAAGCGCCAUGCUCUACCAACUGAGCUACAGGGGACUAUAUAGGGAAUAGGGUGCUGUUUGGGAGGAAACCUUACCGUCCGUUGUGGUGUUUGCUACACAGCUGUGGUCAGGGAAGUAGAUGAGUUCAACCACAACAUAACACGGUCAGCGUAGUGGGUUCAACCACAACAUAACACCCUGUCUGCUGUAGUGGGUUCAACCACAAACAUAACACCUGUCGGCUGUAGUGGGUUUAACACAACAUAAACCAACUGUCAGCUGUAGUGGGUCAACCACAAACAUAACCAACCUGUCAGAUUGUAGUGGGUUCAACCACAAAAAUAAACACCUGUUGCUGUAGUGGGUUCACCCACCACAUAAAACACCUGUAUGAUGUAGUGGUUCAACCACAACAUAAACACUGUAUGCUUGUAGUGGGUUCAACCACACAUAAAACUGUCUGAUGUAGAUGGGUUCAACACAAACAUAACACCUGUCGCUGUAGUGGGUUCAACACAACAAAACACCUGUCAGCGGUAGGGUUCAACACAAAUAACACCUGUCCAGCGUAGUGGGUUCAACCACAACAUAACACCUGUCGGCUGUAGUGGGUUUCAAACCACAACAUCACACCUGUCUGCGUAGUGGGUUCAACCAACAACAUAACACCUGUCUGCUGUCGUGGGUUCAACCACAAACAAACAACUGUCAAGCGUGGAGUGGUUCAACACUAACAAAAACCUGUCAGGCUGGGGGGUUCAACCACAACAUAAACACCUGUCAGCUGUAGUGGGUUCAACCCACCAACAAACACCUGUCAGCUGUAGUGGGUUCAACCACAACAUAACACCUGUCAGCUGUAGUGGUGUGUUACAUUUGGUAUACUAUAAUAUUGUUACUACAAUACAGUAUAUAGACUGUAUUUUAGUAAUAAUAUUAUAGUAUAUCAUAUUAUAUAAUAGUAUAUAGACUGUAUUGUAAUAAUAUAAUAAUAAUAUAUCAUAUUAUAUCAUAAUAUUUAGACUGUAUUGUAGUAAUAAUAUUAUGCUAUAUCAUGUUAUAGCAUAGUAUGUAGACUGUAUUGUAAUAAUAAUAUUAUACUAUAUCAUGUUAUAUCAUAGUAUAGACUGUAGUGUAGUAAUAAUAUUUAAUAUAUCAUAGUAUAGACUGUAGUGUAGUAAUAAUAUUAUAAUAUUUCAUAGUAUAUAGACUGUAUUGUAGUAAUAAUAUUAUAAUAUUUCAUAGUAUAUAGACUGUAUUGUAGUAAUAAUAUGAUAUUAUAUCAUAGUGUAGACUGUAUUGUAGUAAUAAUAUUAUAAUAUAUCCUAUUAUAUCAUAGUAUAGACUGUAUUGUAGUAAUAAUAUUAUAAUAUAUCAUAUUAUAUCAUAGUAUAGACUGUAUUGUAGUAAUAAUAUUAUAUUAUAAACUGGGUGGUUCAAGCCCUGAAUGCUGAUUGGCUGAAAGCCAUGGUAUAUCAGACCGUAUACCAUGGGUAUGACAAAACAUUUAUUUUUACUGCUCUAACUUGAGCAAGGCACUUAACCCUAAUUGCUCAUGUAAGUCGCUCUGGAUAAGAGCGUCUGCUAAAUGACUAAAAAUGUAAAUGUAAUUAUGUUGGUAACCAGUUUAUAAUAGCAAUAAGGCACCUCAGGGGUUUGCGAUAUAUGGCCAAUAUACCACGGCUAAGGGCUGUGUCCAGGCACUCCGCGUUGUGUCGUGCAUAAGAACAGCCCUUGCCGUGGUAUAUUGACCACAUAACACACCCUCACGGGCCAUAUUCCUUAAAUAUAUCAUAUUAUUAUUGAACCCCUGCUUUCUCCUCUGUCUAUGUCAUCUGUAUUACAGGAAAGUUCACUUGUAUCGAGGCUCGUUUUCAUCUGGAGAGGCAGAUGGGCUAUUACCUGAUUCAGAUGUACAUCCCCAGCCUUCUGAUUGUCAUUUUGUCCUGGGUGUCCUUCUGGAUCAACAUGGACGCUGCACCUGCCAGAGUGGGACUGGGCAUUACCACCGUGCUCACUAUGACCACCCAGAGCUCCGGCUCGCGAGCCUCCCUCCCCAAGGUGAGGAGUGGAAGAGGAACACAACACACACACACACACACACACACACACACACAGAUACAGACAUGAACACACACACGCACACAUGCACAAAAACACACACACACACACACACACACACACACACACACACAGUCAGCCUGCUAUAUAAUGGGCAAAGCAGAGAGGCACCCUGACUGACGACAGACUGACUUUAGUGUCUUUAAAGCCUGUAUAGUGUUGAUAUGAUUAUUUCAGUGUGAAACUGAUUUAAUUGUUUAAUUGUUGUUAUGAAUCAGUUGUGAAUCAGUUGUUACAUAACAGAAAUCUUCUUCAUCCGCCAGAAUUUCGCAAACCACCUCUCUAUGUCCUAGAUAACUACAAACCACACUCUCUAUUAUCCUAGAUGAACUACAAACCACACUCUCUAUUGUCCUAGAUGAACUACAAACCACACUCUCUAUUGUCCUAGAUGAACUACAAACCCCACUCUCUAUUGUCCUAGAUGAACUACAAACCACACUCUCUAUUGUCCUAGAUGAACUACAAACCACACCUCUAUUGUCCUAGAUGAAACUACAAACCACACCCUCUAUUGUCCUAGAUGAACUACAAACCACACUCUCUAUUGUCCUAGAUGGUCAAACUAACUCAACAUGAGAAAAAAAUGCAUUUUUAAAGAAAACUAUUUUUGCUGUAGGGAUUUUCAGAUUAAAAAGUGAAAAGGGACAUUGCGUGAGUGACUAGGAUUUUAUAAUUAUGUCCUGGAAAAGUAUCCUCCCAUUUUGUUUGUUGACAUUAGGUGAUUCAUGCUCUCUGGAAAAUUGAACAAGUGAACCGUGAUUUCUGUGCAGUUCAGCUGUCACAAUAAUGAUCACACGGCACAGCUGAGCGUAGGUGCACACAGCACAGACUGCUCCCUCUCUUCCACGCAUGGCUGACUUGGUGCAUUUGGUGACAGGGAGGGAAGGAGAGGAGAGAGGACCAUUUUGAAAGUCACCAUUUACUGUGUCAUUACUCAACAAAUCUAGCCACCACAGAAACGUUACUUUUUGCUGUCGUUAUUAUGAAGAUGUCCAGCAUAUAAAUACAUUUCACCACUUUACGUGGUCUAGUACUGUAAAACAAAACAAAAAACACAUCAAAAUAUCUGAUCUGGUGUGGAAAAAUGGAAAUCCAGGCAAUCCAACGACACAGGAAACAGUAAAAGAGUAGUCUGCCCAUGUCUGUCUCGGGCUGCUGACUUUUCAUCAUUUGAACAAUGUCUUCUGAACCAUGCAUUCUGGAAUGCCACCUAAACUGUGUUCCAGGGCCACUGACUUGUCAAAUACAGUGAGCUUCAGCCGAACUGACAAGCCAGCCCAAUCUAGCGUUAGCCCCAUUUCCAGUCAAAGAUGUGGUUUCCAUACCUCUCUCUGUCUCACUGCCCGGGGCAGAGGUCAGAAGAAGUCCUGCUAGCCACUCACCGGGUUGCAGACUACUGUGUACUGAACAGUUCUCAGAGUUAGAAGAUAAAUGUUGUCUUUGUAGCAGACAUCAAAUUAAUCAAGGAUUAUUAGAUACAGAUAACAUAUAUGACUGGUACCAAGGUCAGUUUCAUUUUAAUAGUCUACAGAAUCAGUUGACGAAAUGUUACCGUCUGGGUUGGUGUGGUGUUGUUUAUUGUUUCUAUUCAUGUUGUGUUGUGUUGUUGUGUUGUGUGUUGUUGUGGUUGUCCUCCUCAUGUUACCACUGUGUCAUCCUGCCCAAUCACAGGGUAGUCGUAUCAUGUGAAAGCAUUGACAUCCUGGAUGGCCGCUAGGAGGAAGAUAGGGCGGGGCUUACCCAACCCAUAUGUCUUUAACUCUAGUUCUUUCCCCCUGCGCCCUCUCUUAUCCUCCGAAUUGCUCUCUUUAAGUCCAUCCUUCCUGAUUCUUCUCUGUGUGCCUCCCUGUGUUUGUCUUCUCGGCUCUGCUUGAGUACGCUGCUGUGAACUUCAUCGCUCGCCAACACAAGGAAACUGCUACGCUUCCGGAGGAGGAGGCGGCACAUGAAGGUCAAUUAACUGAUUUAUUUAUUUUAUAUUAUUGGGAUUCACUUUUUUAUUAUCUAAUCAUAGAUUAGACUAACACUUUUCACAGGAACCCUUCCUGUCUCCUCCCCCCUCCUCUCCUCUCAGUCCCAGUUAAAUAUUUCGCUUUUUGGGGUUUCUCAUAUUCUCUACAAGUACACAACAGUUCAUAUGUAAUGCUGAGGGAGUAUUGAGUCAUGUGGCCGCGUCCCAAAUGGCACCCUAGUCCCUUUAUAGUGCACUACUUUUGACCAGGGUUCAUAGGACUCUGGUCAAAAGUGGUGCACUAUAAAGGAAAUAGCGUGCCAUUUGCGACGUAUCCAUGGACACAGCCCAACAGAGGAAUGAGCUGUGUAUCAAAUUCACAACAAUGGAAUUAUUCCCACAUGCCCUAACUUAGUCUGAUAUAAUCCACCAUUUAACAGGCCCAGUAGGACACCACGUUGUGAUGGUAGGGCUUAAAGGGCCUGUUAUCCUCCUAUCAAAGUCAGUUAAACAAGUAGCCUGCUCCCAGAUCUGUUUGUUCUGUGUAGCCAACUCCCAUGGCCAUUGUCACACCUAGUUUGUCAUGCACAUUGACCAAAGGAGUUGGCAAGACGGCACAAACAGAUCUGGGAUCAGGCUAUAAAACAAGCAGAUUGAAAUUGAAAACCCCAUCGCUACACCCUGGGCUUUUAAUAAGAUCUCAGAUCCAAACAAAACUCCGUAGCUGUCGUAUAUCCGAUGGUGUCUGUGAUAUUGAUGUCUUGAUGUAUGAAUAUCAAAAAACAGCUAUCAAAGUAUGACUCAUUUAGUAGCGUCUAUCUACCACAGAGCGUGUUGCUCCGCCUCAUCCUAAAACUCAUCUAGCAGCGUCUAUCUACCACAGAAACUCUUCAAGGAGUUAGACAUAAACAUUCCAUAAACUCCUUGUCAUUCCGUGCGCCUUGACCGGGAGGACAGGCAGGCAGGUGGCUACAGACACAGACUACUUCCAGGGAAUGUGAAUCCAGUCAGUCAUUCAAAAGAGAGUAAAAAAUCUCAAAAUAAAUCCUCAAUACUAUUGUUAUAAUCCAUAAUCCCUGAGGGGGGGGGGGUAUGUACUAGGUGAGGGUAGAUUAGGCGACUGUUUCCUGGAGCACUACUCUCUCCCACGGUAAAUCGAGAAACUGUCCACGUCCCAAAUGGCAACCAUGCAGCGCUGGUCAAAAGUAGUGCACUAUACAGGGAAUAGGGGUGCCAUUUGGGACUGAGUACCAUACAGUGCUUUAGUAAUCUAACCUCUACAACAGAUGAUAACUGGUAGUCUGUAAAUCCCAAUGUUUGGCGGGAAUGACCCAGAUCUUCAUCCAGUCUUUUACAUGGUAUGAGUUCAGGAGAUUCCGGUUGGGUGAUGUCAUCAUGCAGUCUGGUAUGUGAAAUGCAAGUCAAGCGUUUUUCUGCUGCGUUUUUAUAGAAAAUGCGGUGUUUGGCCUACAGUGUUGUUAGGCCUACAGUGUUGUUAGGCCUACAGUAUAUAUAUUAUCGUGAAAUAGGACAAAUAUAAGCACCCACCAAAUUAUUAUUUAGUAUUAUUAGAUAGUAUUGCAGUUUUUGUAUUUGUAUUUGUAUUUAUUAUGGAUCCCCAUUAGCUACUGGCAAAGCAGCAGCUACUCUUCCUGGGGUCCAGCAACAUUAAGGCAGUUUAUACAACUUUAAUAACAUUACAAUACAUUCACAGAUUUCACAACACACUGUGUGCCCUCAGGCUCCCUACUCCACUACCACAUAUCUACAGUACAAUAACUUUACCCUCCUUCACUAUAGAAAGACAUGUUGUAUAACUUUACCCUCCUUCACUACAUAAUUUAAAAGCAGAAAGACACAUUUCCAUCGACUGUAAGGAAAAUGUACAAUUAAUUAUUUUUAUUCAUCUAAAAUGCAAAAACCAUUCAUAGUUUCAGCAUACAAAAAAGAUCCUCCCUACAAACUCUUAUGUCCAUUCUGAACUGACCAGGACAUGGGGAUAGAAAUCUAUUUGAGUGAAUAGGCCUUUAUAUAGAGACUCAACAAGCAUCACUGUAUUUUGUAUUAAUUUUCACUGGCCACUCUUUCUAAUGUGACUGUAAUGUGAUUCAUUGAGGGCCGGGUCACAGCCCUCCAUUAUAGCCUUCUAAAGACUAUCAUUCAGCGAGUUCAUCCUUCUAAAGGCUAUCAUUCAGCCGUCAUUCAUUCUAAAGGCUAUAAUUUCAGCGAGGUUCAGCCUUCUAAGACUAUAAUAGCGAGUUCAUCCUUCUAAAGGCUAUCAUUCAGCCAGUCAUCCCUUCUAAAGGCAUCAUUCAGAGAGAUUUCAUCUUCUAAAGGCUAUCAUUCAGCAAAGGUUCAUCCUUCUAAGACUAUCAUUUAGCGAGUUCUUCUUCUAAAGGCUAUUAAUUAAGCCAGGUCAGCCUUCUAAAAGCUACACUCAGCCAAUGUCAUCUUCUCAGGCGAACAUUCAGCCCAGUUUCAUCCUGCUAAAGGCUAUCAUUCAGCCAGGUCAGCCUUUAAAGGCUAUCAUUAAGCCAGGAAUCAUCCUUCAAAAGGCUAUCAUCAGUUAGUUCACUUCUCCAAAUCAAAAAAGGGCUAUCAUUCAGCCAGUUCUCCUUCAAAGGCUAUCUUCAGCAGUUCACCUUCUCUAAAGGCUCUCAUUCAGCCAGGUAG